UUAUUGAAGAAAAAGGUUCCUUUCGCCUCUUGACUUUCUUGUAGUUUCAUUGGAUUUAUAUAUCAUUUCUCAAUUGACGAUCUUGUAGUUCAAUUCAAUCAAUCAAUGAGCAGUCCGUUUUAGACUCUUCGAUAAGAAGGAAAAGAAAAGAAAAAACUCCGUGAGACUAGUGUCAGUCGGUGGUCGAUCGAUAUCAUGGCUGUUGUUGAGAAUGGUGGGUCAAUCGAAUCAAACGAUGUUGAUCAAUCAGAAUCUUCGGUUUUGAUUUCGAGGUCAAAUGAUAACCAUCAGAGUUUCCAUCAGGAGAAGAAUAUAAUGACUAAUGUAAACGGGACUUCAAUAAAUGGAAAUGGUGUCGCGAGUCAUCAGCAGCACCAGAUGGUGGUGAAUGGUGUUGAUCGUCAUGAUCAUGAGGAGGAGGAUUUUAAGAAAGAAAUGAGGGAUUUGGAAGAGAUGCUGUCGAAAUUGAAUCCUAUGGCUGAAGAAUUUGUGCCCCCUUCACUUUCCAACAAUAGUUAUAAUAGGACUCUAGUACAAUCACCAUCUGUUGCUGGUCACUUUGGAUAUGCUGCUGCUAACGAUUUCCUACUCCAAACUAACCACACAGCUUUUUUCAACGUCAAUGGCAUUUCCACUGGACGGAAGAAGGGUAAUUUUAGUAGCGGAAAACGGAGGAUGAAUAGCCGAACCAACAUGGCACAACGAGAAGAUGCCAUUAAGAGAACAGUUCAUGUGUCCGACAUCGAUCAGCAGGUAACUGAGGAACAACUUGCGGCACUUUUUAUUAAUUGUGGGCAGGUUGUUGACUGCCGUGUAUGUGGCGACCCUAAUUCUGUUCUACGUUUUGCCUUUAUUGAGUUCACUGAUGAGGAAGGUGCAAAGAAUGCAUUGAGUCUUGCUGGAACAAUGCUCGGGUUCUACCCGGUUAGGGUGCUGCCGUCAAAAACUGCAAUUGCACCAGUGAAUCCAACUUUUCUGCCACGAUCUGAGGAUGAAAGAGAAAUGUGUGCAAGAACUAUUUACUGUACUAACAUUGACAAGAAGGUUACUCAGGCAGAUGUCAAGCUAUUCUUCGAAUCACUUUGUGGAGAGGUUUACCGCUUGAGGUUGCUAGGAGACUAUCAUCAUUCAUCUCGUAUUGCGUUUGUGGAGUUUGUGAUGGCCGAGAGUGCAAUUGCAGCUCUGAACUGUAGCGGUGCAGUAUUAGGAUCAUUGCCAAUAAGGGUAAGCCCUUCGAAGACCCCUGUUCGUCCACGAACGCCUCGCCCCACCAUGCACUGACUCGUUUCGUUUACUGCUGCUAUCUAAAUAUAUACGUAGAUACACAGAAACUGUGGACGAUUAUGUUUCUCGUUUGUGUGUGAUGCUGAUAUGUCUAUAGAUGGAAAAUUGAUGGUUGCCUUGCAAUUUUGGUCAUGGGAAAUGAUCUUAUUCCUGAUUUUAAACUGCA